CCACAAAAUUAUCUGCAACAGAACCAAUCACGUACCCAAAUCCAACCAUAGAGUGACAAACCCAAAUCCAACCUCAGAGCCACAGAGAUUGGUGAUGUCUGCUCCUGCGGUGAAGAGUGUCGCCGUCUCGGCUUUUCGGGAGGUGCUCCACCGUGUUCGGCAGGCGGCGGAGAGGCCCGGUCGCCGGCCCGACGAGGUGAGGGUGGUGGCAGUGAGCAAGACCAAGCCUAACUCUCUCAUCCGUCAAGUCUACGACGCUGGUCAUCGCUGUUUCGGCGAAUACUACGUCCAAGAAAUCAUAGAUAAAGCACCUCAGCUUCUGAGGACAUUGAGUGGCACUUUGUUGGGCAUUUGCAGAGCAAUAAAGUGAAACCACUUUUGGGUAAUGUACCAAUAUGAUUGUAAUUGUCACACAUUCUUUCACGUCCUUACAAUGUUUUGUAAUGUUUCUCUGGAUUAUAAAUAUCCUGACUUCAUAGUUUA